UAGCUGGCCACUCGUUAUUAUUCCUUUUUAUAAAUAACUAAAACUUUCAUUAUUCCCAACGGGUUCUCUGAACUAGAAACUCGAACAGAGAAUCCGGAUACCUUACUCGGGAAAACAGAGGAGAUCUGUGAAGUCAAUUCUGGUUCUUCUAUUGAAGAAAAAGAGAUAGAGAGAAAUUAUUUAGUUUUGUGGAGCAGAAAGGUCUGGUACUUUGAUCUUUGUAGUACACGUGGCGAAAUGGGUUUGGAGUGGUGUUAAUGAUCUCCAUGUCCAAGUCCCAGAGUUCGUGUAACAUUCUUCUUCUCUCUCCAAUGGCUUUGUCUUGUUUCUCAUACCACUAAUCUCUCAGAGAUCUUUAGAUCCGUUGUUGCCUUUGUCGGUUCAACAAAACCAAGAGGAAAAUGAUGAGAAACAAACCGACAAAUCUCCCGGCGACUGGCGUUAGCAGAGUAUCCGGCGGCGCUGGUGGCGGCAGGGAGUCAGGCGGUCAUGAGUGGGAAAUGAGACCCGGAGGAAUGUUGGUUCAGAAGCGUAACCCGGAUUCGGAUCUUGUCGGAGCUCCACCGCCACCGAUGAUCAGAGUUAGAAUCAAGUACGGUUCGGUUUACCAUGAGAUCAGUAUUAGUCCUCAAGCUUCUUUUGGGGAGCUAAAGAAGAUGUUGAGUGGACCGACGGGUAUUCACUAUCAAGAUCAGAAACUAAUGUACAAAGACAAAGACAGAGAUUCAAAGGCUUUUCUUGACGUUUCCGGAGUGAAAGACAAAUCCAAGAUGGUGCUAAUGGAAGACCCCAUUAGCCAAGAAAAACGCUUUUUGGAGAUGAGGAAGAUCGCCAAAACAGAAAAGGCGUCUAAAGCGGUCUCUGAUAUUAGCCUUGAAAUUGAUAGACUCGGUGGACGUGUUUCGGCGUUUGAGAUGGUUAUAAAGAAAGGAGGGAAAGUUGCGGAGAAAGAUCUUGUUACGGUGAUGGAAUUGUUGAUGAAUGAGUUGAUAAAGUUGGAUGCGAUUGUAGCUGAAGGAGAUGUGAAGUUGCAAAGAAAGAUGCAGGUGAAGAGAGUACAAAAUUAUGUCGAAGCACUCGAUUUUUUGAAAGUGAAGAAUUCUAUCGCUAAUGGGCAGCAGAAACAGACAAGUGGUCAGAGACUUGCAACGAUUGAAGAAGAUAGCAAUGGACAGAGGCAAGAGCAGAAACCGAUACAAUCACUUAUGGACAUGCCUAUAAACAACAAACAGAAGAAACACGAGAUUGUGGAGGAGCCAAUAAAUUCAAGGGCAAGACCAAAUCUGAUGGAUUCUUCUACUAAAUGGGAAACAUUUUAUCAUCAUACCGCGACUCCAUUGAGUUCGACUACUGCAAAUAAUCACGCCAUCCUGCCAAGGUUCAACUGGGAAUUCUUUGAUUGAAAAUACUCAUAUUUGGUGAGAGUUUUUUGCUUUUCUUGUGUGGUUUCUUCUUCAUCUUCUUCUUUAUCAUCAUGAUUCUUUCCCUGUACUUAGAUUUUUGUGGCCGUUGUUCUUGUUUGCUCUGGAAAAUAAACAGAGACGCCAGUACAGAGAAGUGAUUAUGAAAAUCAUGAUUCAUGUGUGUUUGUCUUUCAUCUUCCUAUAAUUACGUUUGUUGCAAGGCACUUAAUCCUACUUGUUGAAAGAGGGUUUCUAUCUCUCUGUCGGUUGUUUUCUUUUAUUAACUUUCAAG